CCUCCCUCAGUGGUACUUUUUCCCUCCAGACCAACAAACCUUGACCUCCAAAACCUGACCAAACGACCUCUUCAUAAUACCAUUUCUUCUUGAUACCCAUUUCGCCUUGUUCAAUCCAUCAAAUCUUCAGUCAAAAUGGCACCCGCUGUCGGUAUCGACUUGGGAACCACCUACUCUUGCGUUGGUAUUUUCCGCGAUGACCGGUGCGAGAUCAUUAGCAAUGACCAGGGAAACCGGACCACACCGUCAUUCGUGGCCUUCACGGAUACCGAGCGUCUGAUCGGAGAUGCCGCCAAGAACCAGGUCGCCAUGAACCCGGCGAACACGGUCUUUGAUGCCAAGCGUCUCAUUGGCCGCAAGUUCAGCGAUGCCGAGGUUCAGGCAGACAUGAAGCACUUCCCCUUCAAGAUCAUUGACCGGGGCGGCAAGCCCAUCAUCGAGGUUGAGUUCAAGGGCGAGAACAAGACCUUCACUCCCGAAGAGAUCUCCUCCAUGGUCCUGACCAAGAUGAGGGAGACUGCUGAGGCUUACCUUGGUGGCACCGUCAACAACGCUGUUGUCACUGUCCCGGCCUACUUCAACGACUCUCAGCGCCAGGCUACCAAGGAUGCUGGCCUUAUCGCCGGCCUCAACGUGCUCCGCAUUAUCAACGAGCCCACCGCUGCUGCCAUUGCCUACGGUCUUGACAAGAAGAUCGAGGGCGAGCGCAACGUCCUCAUCUUCGACUUGGGUGGCGGUACCUUCGAUGUUUCGCUCCUGACCAUUGAGGAGGGCAUCUUCGAGGUCAAGUCCACUGCCGGUGACACUCACUUGGGCGGUGAGGACUUCGACAACCGUCUGGUCAACCACUUUGUCAACGAGUUCAAGCGCAAGCACAAGAAGGAUCUCUCCAGCAAUGCCCGUGCUCUGCGUCGUCUCCGCACUGCUUGCGAGCGUGCCAAGCGCACCCUCUCCUCGUCCGCCCAGACCUCUAUUGAGAUUGAUUCCUUGUAUGAGGGUAUCGAUUUCUACACCUCCAUCACCCGUGCCCGCUUCGAGGAGCUGUGCCAGGACCUCUUCCGGUCCACCCUCCAGCCCGUCGACCGUGUCCUUACCGAUGCGAAGAUCGACAAGUCCCUGGUCCAUGAGAUUGUUCUCGUCGGCGGUUCCACCCGUAUCCCCCGCAUCCAGAAGCUCAUCAGCGACUACUUCAACGGCAAGGAGCCCAACAAGUCCAUCAACCCCGACGAGGCUGUUGCGUACGGUGCUGCCGUCCAGGCUGCCAUCCUCUCGGGUGACACCUCGUCCAAGUCGACCAACGAGAUCCUGCUUCUCGACGUUGCACCGCUUUCUCUCGGUAUCGAGACUGCUGGUGGUAUGAUGACCAAGCUCAUUCCCCGCAACACCACCAUCCCCACCAAGAAGUCUGAGGUCUUCUCCACUUUCUCCGACAACCAGCCUGGCGUGCUUAUCCAGGUCUACGAGGGUGAGCGCCAGCGCACCAAGGACAACAACCUGCUCGGCAAGUUCGAGCUUACUGGCAUCCCGCCUGCUCCCCGUGGUGUCCCCCAGAUUGAGGUCACCUUCGAUCUUGAUGCCAACGGAAUCAUGAACGUCUCCGCUCUCGAGAAGGGCACCGGAAAGACCAACCAGAUUGUCAUUACCAACGACAAGGGUCGUCUUUCCAAGGAGGAGAUUGAGCGCAUGCUUUCCGAGGCCGAGAAGUUCAAGGAGGAGGACGAGGCCGAGGCCCGCCGUGUUUCUGCCAAGAACGGCCUCGAGUCGUACGCCUACUCGCUCCGCAACACCCUGCAGGACUCCAAGGUCGACGAGAAGCUCGAUGCCGGAGACAAGGAGAAGCUCAAGACCGAGAUCGACAAAAUCGUCAACUGGCUCGACGAGAACCAGCAGGCCACUCGCGAGGAGUACGAGGAUCACCAGAAGGAGCUGGAGGGCGUUGCCAACCCCAUCAUGAUGAAGUUCUACGGCAGCGCUGGCGGUGCUGGCGGUAUGCCCGGUGGCAUGCCCGGUGGCGCCCCAGGCGGCUUCCCCGGUGCCGGUGGCCCUGGUGGCGCCACCCACGACGACGGCCCGACCGUCGAGGAAGUCGACUAAGGUGUCACGCCUAUUUCGGUUUGCAUUUCGCGCUCUAGAUUGGAACCUUGGAAUCCGCGUUCGAUGAGUGGCGGUAUCCACUCAGGUAAUGCAAAGGGUGGUUUAGGAAUUUCGGCAUCACAGGGCUAGAUUUGCGUUCUCUCUUACGACCUCACGAUAAAGGGGAAAAAGUAUGGGUGGCCUGCAUGGCUUGUAUUCUAACCGCGAUUCCCAGUUUUCCGCUGAUCAAUAAAGUUCAUAAAAAAAAUCCUCGGCCUUGCUUCAUUCAUCGUGCAUGGUGAUAUGCCCUCUUGUAGUAUUUAUUGUAUGCUUGGUUCGCUGUCGGAACUGUCUUGAUUUGAAUACAACUAACUGUCUUAAAAAC